CUUCGUCGUGAUAGAAGAAGAAGAAGCAGCAGUUGAAAAUUCAGCGCUUCCAGUUUGGCAGUUUCAACUUUCAUCUCUCUCUCUCUCUCUCUCUCAGAUCUCGUACAAAAUUCCAUAGCCAAAAAGACGCAUAGAGGACGGAGAAGUUUUGCCCAGUUUAAGCCCUAGUUUGAUCCACCAUUUCCGUCACGAACAGGGAGUAGAUUACUCGGUUUCAUAAAAUGCAGCACGUUCCGGCUACAAUAGAGGAACAGUUGAUACUGAAAGCGAUCAAGGAAGAAUGCCCGUGGGAGAGUCUUCCUAAACGGCUUCAAGCGACGCUCUCUUCUAAAGAAGAAUGGCACAGAAGGAUAAUUGAACACAGCAUAAAGAAAAGACUCCAAUGGAACACUUGUUUUGCUCGCAAAGUGUGCAAAGAAAGUGAAUAUUAUGAGGAUAUGAUGCGUUACCUGCGAAAGAAUCUAGCGCUCUAUCCCUAUCACCUUGCGGAGUAUGUUUGUCGUGUAAUGAGGAUAUCACCCUUCAGAUAUUACUGUGACAUGUUAUUUGAGGUUAUGAAAAAUGAACAACCUUAUGACAGCAUCCCCAACUUUAGUGCUGCAGAUGCUUUGCGGCUUACGGGCAUAGGAAGAAAUGAGUUCAUUGAUAUCAUGAAUAAGUGCAGAUCUAAGAAAAUUAUGUGGAAGCUGAAUAAGUCAAUUGCAAAAGAACUGCUACCUACACAACCUGUAGAUUUUGCAAUUGAACCAUGGUGGGGAGUUUGUCUUGUGAACUUUACUCUAGAAGAAUUUAAGAAACUCUCAGAAGAAGAAACGGCAACAAUUGAUAAAGUCUGUAAGGAGGAGGGAAAUUCAUAUAUUUUGUUCGAUCCUGAUGUUGUAAAGGGUCUCUACAGACGGGGUUUGAUCUACUUUGAUGUCCCGGUUUAUUCUGACGAUCGUUUUAAGGUUUCCAGGCUUGAAGGGUUUGUUUCCAACAGGGAGCAGUCAUAUGAAGAUCCUAUUGAGGAGUUACUGUAUGCAGUUUUUGUUGUUUCAAGUGAGAAUGCAACUGUAGCUGAAUUGGCAGCAACAUUGCAGGCAGACCUUUUGCAGCUGCAGGCUGCUGCAUCUUUUGCAUGUCGAUUGGGAUGGGCAGUAAAAUUAAUUGAUCCAGGAUCUAUUCUUCAAGAUACAGGCAUACCUGGUUCUCCUAGAACCAGUCUUAGUGAUGAAGAUGCUUCUCAUGCUAGUCUAGGCUCAGCAAGCAUAUUCAAUGAAGGUGAUGCUGCUCAACAAGGAGAUGUGUUGGGGACAGAAAACCAUGGGACGAGUUCUGCCCAUGUUCGUGUUGCUUUUGUUGUUGAUGCUAAUAUAACAUCCUAUCUUAUGAUGGGGUCUGUUUCACCAGGGUUAAAGUCUCAUGCUGUAACACUAUAUGAAGCUGGGAAGUUGGGUCAUGCUAGUAUCGCCGAUCUUUGCAAAGAUCUGGGUACACUAGAGGGAACCAAAUUUGAGGGAGAAUUGCAGGAAUUUGCAAAUCAUGCAUUUAGCCUCCGUUGUGUUUUGGAAUGUCUGCAAUCUGGUGGAGUUGCUACUGACGUCAAAACAGAAGAAGUUUGUGAUAAGAUGGAUGUGGUAGCUUCAGCCAAUGAUGAGGCCACUUUGAUAGCUAAUAUCACUUUGACGGACAUACCAGGAAACUCUGGUACAAAUGAACCUGAGCAGGAAGAAGAUGAUUUGGCUAGGUUGGGGUUGCCCCAUGAGGGUUCUGUUUUGAGUGAACCUGCUACUGGAAGUACUGGUGAUGAAAUGUUUUCUGCUACUUUAUCAGAAGACACCAAUUGCUCAAGCGAGGUACCUAAAUCAGAUCCAACUUUCCAGAAUGAUGAGAAAAUGAUUCUGGUCGAAGGGCCAGAUGCUGGAAGAGAUCCAUUGAGAAGGAGAAAGAAAUAUCGUGUGGAUAUUCUUCGCUGUGAAAGCUUGGCUUCUCUUGCUCCAGCAACUUUAGACCGGUUGUUUCAUCGUGACUAUGACAUUGUUGUGUCCAUGGUUCCUCUUCCUCCUUCAUCAAUUCUUCCUGGACCUACAGGUCCCAUACAUUUUGGUGCUCCCUCGUAUUCAUCUAUGACACCAUGGAUGAAACUAGUACUAUAUUUAACUGUGGCAAGUGGGCCUCUAUCAGUUGUCCUCAUGAAAGGACAAUGUCUACGCUUGCUUCCUGCGCCAUUGGCUGGUUGUGAGAAAGCCCUUAUAUGGUCUUGGGACGGUUCUACAAUUGGAGGGCUGGGAGGGAAAUUUGAAGGAAAUUUAGUCAAGGGAAGUAUACUUUUACAUUGUUUAAAUUCACUUCUUAAAUACUCGGCUGUGCUAGUGCAGCCCCUCGGUAGGUAUGAUCUUAAUAAAUCUGGAAGAAUCAUAACUAUGGACGUUCCGUUGCCCCUAAAGAAUGCCGAUGGUUCAAUUGCUCAUAUAGGGAAGGAAUUGGGACUGUGUGAAGAAGAAAGUUUGAAACUCAACUCUCUGUUAACUGAUUUGGCAAACAAGAUAGAUUUAUGGACAGUUGGUUACAUUCGCCUCUUAAAAAUAUUUAAUGAAGGAAAUUCAAACCACUUUUCUCCUGAUUGUGGAAAGUAUGAAUGGGUUCCUUUGAGUGUGGAAUUUGGGAUGCCACUUUUUAGUCCCAAAUUGUGUAACAGUAUAUGUAAAAGGGUGGUAUCAUCACAAUUACUUCAAUCAGACUCACUUAGUGAGCAUCAUGAUGCAAUGCAAAGUUUGCGAAAAAAGUUACGGGAUGUUUGUGUGGAGUACCAAGCAACAGGUCCUGCUGCAAAACUUCUUUACCAGAAAGAACAAACAAAGGACUCAUCUCGGCAGCUCAUGAACUAUGCUAGUGGAAGAUGGAAUCCACUUGUUGACCCUUCUUCUCCCAUUUCAGGAGCCUUGAGUGAGCAUCAUAGACUAAAACUUGCUAAUCGGCAUCGUUGCCGAACUGAAGUUUUGAGCUUUGAUGGCAGCAUUCUUAGAUCAUAUGCAUUAAGUCCUGUCUAUGAGGCUGCUACAAGGCCCAUAGAAGGGUCCCCUGUGAGUUCAGUAAAGGUUGAAACAGAUGAAGCUGAUAGCAGAGAUGUAAUCCUUCCCGGUGUUAAUCUUCUUUUUGACGGUUCUGAGUUGCACCCUUUCGAUAUAGGUGCCUGUCUGCAGGCUCGUCAACCAGUCUCCCUAAUAGCAGAGGCUUCAGUGGCCUCUGCAUCUGCUGCAAUUAAAUAGGGAUUUAAGCCAAAUCUUGCUCUGGUUGCUUGGAAGAAUUUGUUCCAAUGCUAAGCAAUUUCCAAUUAGCUUGUCCUACGUGGUCAUAAUGUGCAAGCUUCCACGAAGGUCAAGGUGGUGUUUCUAUACAACACUCAUCAAAUUGCGGCUCACGAAGUUGUUACUUAUGGGUAACUAGGGGAUAUGUUUGGUUUGUCAAUAAAUAUUUCCGACAUCAGACAUUGUACCGUUGUAUUUCUGAUGAGCUCUCCACGGAAAAAUCUUAACAUCAUUGGCUUAUGGUAAUGAACGGGAUUGCGACACAUUCAUUUUUAGCCCAAUGUUCAAUAAUGAAACUCUCUACCUCAAGUUGCAU